AUGGAUAAGACUCAUCAGGCCGAGAAUCUCAUUCACGCUUUUAAACAAACAGAUGGUGGUCAUACGAUUCAACCUUCUGCUUUUGAAUUCAAGUCUAUUAUUUAUGGAUACGGAAGAUUGGGUCUGUUUCAGGAUAUGGUUAGAGUGGUUGAUGACAUGGAGAUAAAUGGGUUUCUUAUGGAUAUUGUUUCUUAUAGUAUGGUUCUUUCAGCUUAUGGGAUUCAUGGGGACCAUGUGGAAAUGGUUUCUUGGCUUAGACGAAUGAGGAAUUCUGUUGUUCCGCUCUCUAUAAGAACUUUUAAUUUUGUGUAUAACUCUUGUCCCACGGUUAUGAGGAAGGUUGUGGAGUUGAAUGACUUGCCGUUGUCGAUGGAAGAGUUGUUGUUGAAUGAAUGUUUGGUUGGAGGAGAAGCUAUGCUGAUUAAGGAGUUACUUUCAUGUUAUGCCAUUUUUGAAGAGGAGAUGCAAAAGAGGUUGUUGAAUGCUUCAAAUUAUGAGAUUCCUGCUCAAAUAAAUGUGGUUUGUGGGGUUGGAAAUCAUAGCCGUGUGAGAGGAAAAUCACUGGUUAAAGCCUUGGUUAAGAAGAUGAUGACGAAGAUGAAACGUCCUCUAAGGAUUAAUAGAAAGAGAGAUGGUUGCUUUGUGGCCAAAGGUAAAGCUGUUAAAUUUUGGUUAUGUGAAUUCAGGAAGCCAUGA